AAUACACUUUUACAGAAGCUACAAGGAGUGAAGGAAGGGGGAUCAAAAUGUCACCGGUUGGAUUACCACCUGGUUUUAGGUUCCAUCCAACAGAUGAAGAGCUUGUCAACUACUAUCUCAAGAGGAAGAUCAAUGGCCAAGAAAUUGAGCUUGAUAUCAUUCCUGAGGUUGAUCUUUACAAAUGUGAGCCUUGGGAAUUAGCAGAGAAAUCAUUUUUGCCAAGUAGAGAUCCAGAGUGGUACUUCUUUGGACCCAGGGAUAGGAAAUACCCAAAUGGUUUCAGAACAAAUAGAGCAACUAGAGCAGGGUACUGGAAGUCUACUGGGAAAGACAGAAAAGUUUCAUGCCAAAGCAGACCAAUUGGUAUGAAGAAGACUCUGGUAUACUACAGAGGUAGAGCUCCUCAAGGAAUCAGAACUGACUGGGUAAUGCAUGAGUAUCGCCUCGAUGACAAAGACUGCGAGGACACCACCGGAUUGCAGGAUACUUAUGCACUGUGUCGCGUGUUCAAGAAAAAUGGAAUCUGCUCUGAUAUUGAUCAAGAACAAGGGCAAUUUAGCAUGUCGCUAAUUGAGAGCUCCCAAACCAUAAUCAAUGAGUGCGAAACCAUGUCUCCGGACAUACCGGGGGCGUCGACGUCUUCGUGCUUAGAAGAGGAAGACAAGGAUGAUUCAUGGAUGCAGUUCAUUACAGAGGAUGCAUGGUAUUCUUCUAAUAAUGUAUCAAUGGCUGGUGGUGAAGAACUCUCAAAUGUUACAUUUACAAACUAAUGGGAGGCAGGAUUGGUGGUGAAUAACUUAAGAGCUGGAUAUAAGUAUACAUAUCAUCAGAAAUAAAAUAUUCAUACAUUUACCAUAACUGUUAUUAAUUAAGAGAUUUAACUUUUGUUUUUUGUUUCUGAUUAUUAUACUUAAUUGGUGAUGGUGUCUUGGUUUGGUUUGGUGGGAUUGUUAGGAUAAUACUAUGGCAUUGGUUUUAUACAUUUUUGUACUAACCUCUAUCUCAGAGGUGACACAAGUGUUAGUCUCAUUAUGUUUUCCUUUGAGAAAGGAAUCAUAUUGGUGAAAGGAAAUUAAGUGAAUAACAGUUUGACAAUUUGGAUUUUUA